CAUAUAUGGAGUUUAGCUCAUCACUCUCGGUCGUCAAACACAUUUAGCGACUAAACUUUAGUUUUCUUUCUAACAAGAAUGAUGCAAUAUUUACCAAGUCAUGGAUAUGAGUUCACUAAUUGUUCAAGUAUUAUCAGAAACUUGGUAUAUGAUCAUGGAGGAGGUGAUUUAUCAGCUAACAGCGAAGCGAAGGUGGCGGCAGAGGCCGAGGCGAAGGCGGCAGCUGCUUGUAACCGACACAGCGAAGCUGAACGCAGACGCCGGAAGAGGAUCAAUGGCCAUCUUGCCACUCUCCGUGGCCUCCUCCCCAACACUGUCAAAGCGGAUAAAGCUUCGUUACUAGCAGAGGUAGUGCGACGGGUAACCGAGCUAAAGAAGGUGGCUGCCGAAUUGGAAUCGACGGGUAUGGAUGAAAGUGAAGGAUACUACAUGAUACCAAGUGAAAAUGAUGAACUUGAGUUGACAUACGUUGGAGAAGAUUCUAGUACAAAGAAGAUUAUGAUAAAAGCACGUAUAUGCUGCGAAGAUAGGCCAGAGCUGAUCGUGGAGUUAACGAGAGCGUUGGGAUCAAUGCAUGUUAAAUUAGUGCGUACCGAGAUAGGCACAUUGGGUGGGAGAAUAAAAUGUGUGUUAUGGGUUCAAGUCUCGUCGGUAACAAAAGACCAAGGGUUGCAAGAACUACGAAGGGCGUUAAAGGUGGUUACGGAUCGUGCAUCGCUCAUGGAUCUGCCUAGAAACAAAAGACCCCGUGGUUCGGAUACAUGUGUCUGAAAUUUUGGUGUUUCAGAGGUAUUUAAAAUGUCAAGGGUAUCAAGUAUUCUUGUAUUUGUGGCCCUUUAAAAGGGUAUAUUUGUGCAUUAGUUAUUGAUUCUUUGUAUUUUGAGUUAAUCUUAACUCGAUAGUUGAUAAUGGCAAUAAAGUAAUGAUAAGCAGGUUUGAUGGGGUGGUACUUUGGUAGGCAAAAGAAUGAACAAGCUCUGUGUUCGAUCAGUAA